AACCAUUAGCGCGAUUUGAAUUUUUUGUAAACAUAGAUAAUUUAACUCGCCUCAUUAACCAGCGAGAUGCCACCAACACUGAGACUAUUAAAGAUGCCGAAGCGAAUAAAUUUACAUUUUAUCAAGAGGUAGACCAGAAAUUUCCUGAAGUUUAUAUGGUGGAUAUUUUUGAUAAAGUUGAAGAGUUCGAAAAAUCAGUUCGUCAACAUUAA